ACAGAAAUCAUGCCGCUGCGAUAGGUUAUAAAGCAAGUGUUUUGUACUAUUUAGUUCUUUAAUUUGAUUAAUUUACAGUUUUAAAGUGGAUUCAUAUAUCUACCAAUAUGUGUGAUAUAAUAGAAAACGAGGAAAUAGAUAAAGAUACAGUGAGUCUAGAAGAGUUAGACAAAUUAUUUAGCCGAAAGUUUAAUCUACUCACAGAGACUGCAGUUACGUUAAAGACAACUUAUAUAAAUAAACUAAGUUUAACUAAAUCAUUGAAUGUGGCAGUCAGUUUAUCGGAUAAUAAUAGUAUCGAGGUAUAUGACAUUGGAAAAUCAUCCAUAAACCAAGUUUGUCGGCUAAGCGGCCAUCAGAAAGCGCUAACAGACUUAGUGUUCAGCCCUAAGGAAGACUAUUUGCUUUACUCAGCUGGCCACGAUGGAAUUAAAUUGUGGGACACGAGAACCAGUGGCUUGUGUGUGCAGCAGUAUGAAGAAGAGGAGGACACUCCUGCAAGACCUUAUGAUGCUAUGGACAUUUCCUGUACGGGUCGUGUUAUCUGUGCCGGCAGCCAGUUAGUUCAGGAGGACGCUUACCUUGUCUUCUGGGACCAAAGAAAACCUCAACCACUCGGUGGUUACUGGAACUCUCAUACUGAUGAUAUCACACAGGUAAAAUUCCACAAAGAAAAGACAGAAAUUCUAGCUACUGGAUCACUAGAUGGACUUCUCAAUGUGUACAAUUUAUUGGAAGAAACUGAAGAUGAUGCUCUUAUAUAUUCCAUGAAUGUGGAGAAUUCAGUGGAGAAAAUCACAUGGCUAAAUGACAAUAGAGUAUCUUGCAUUACCCAGUCUAAUGAUUUGCAGACUUGGGACACGUCUACUGGAGAUAUGAUCAAGACUUAUAAUCGGGAUAAGAUUGCCAGAAGUAUAAAAAGGCUGAGAUCGGAUGACUGCUACCUCGUGGAUACAUUCACAUCUGCUGAUGAUAUGGUUAUAUUGGCUGGGUCAUACGGAGGAGAUGGAACUGUGCUAAGGUCAGUGACGGAGGCAGGAAAGAAACUACAGCCUACGACUAACUUCACUAAGAACAAGCAAGUUGUCAGAUGUUCUUCCUAUGAUGAUGAUCGUGACUUGUUAGUGACCGCCGGAGAGUCGGGUCUGAUAAGCGUUUGGAACACUGACGAAUGCCAAGAAUCUAUAACCCCGAUCACAAAGAAACUUAGGAAGCAGAGUUUACACGACAAGAGACAUAAACCAUAUUGAUAUUUA